GUGUAUUCGAUCUGACACGUCGCUUUAAUUCGCGUAUACAAUAAUUAGUAUUUUAAUAAUUUACCAUGAAAGUAAUUUAGAACAUGUGAUUAUUAAUAGACAUACACUUGCAAAUCUAUAAUUUCUCCUCACCAAACAUCUGGACUAAAAAAUAACAGUGAAUUAAGAAAAUAUUUCUAAAAGUCAACUGGUAGAAACGUCAAGAUCCACAUGACUUUUUGCAGAUGAAAAAAUGAAUAAAUUUGACACAUUCAUUUGCAUAUUUUUAUUAUUAAAAAUAAUAUUUGUUAGCUGUGAUUUACAAGACCGCCUAAAUCUUCAACAUCGACAAACUCAUCUUCCACAAAAAAAAUUUGGUGAUAAGGAUUAUGCAGAAUAUCCAGAAGUUGAGGAAGAAAUUGACGAGGAACCAAAUCCAAAUCCACAUCCAGUUUAUCUACAGAAUGCUGGAUUAGUUGGCACAGUACCUGUAUAUAAUACUGUAAAUUUUUCUUCAGCAUUUGAUUCAAGUGUUAAAUGGGAUCAAAGCUGGCUGCAAGAUUUAAAACUUGGUCAGCUAUCAGCAGUUGAUGUUGAUCCUGAUGGAAACAUUGCAAUAUUUUGUAGAAGGUUUAGAAAAUGGGAUGGAACUUCAUUUGGUCCUGAUAACAAAUUUGACAAUACAAAAUCAGCCAUCUACGAAAAUGUCAUAAUGUUAUUUAGCAAAAGUGGAAAAUUAAUAUCAGAAUGGGGAAAAAAUAUAUUUUACAUGCCACAUGGUUUAACAAUUGAUACAUAUGGCAAUUACUGGCUCACUGAUGUUGCCCUUCAUCAAGUAUUUAAAUUUGACAAAAAGGACAUUGAUCUGUACCUUGAAAAAAUGAAAACAAAAAGAAAAAAUCAUUCAAACGAAAUAAAACUAAAAGCAUCAAUUGAACUUGGUGUUCCAUUUGAGCCAGGUAAUGAUGUGACAAAUUUUUGCAAACCAACAGCUGUUGCUGUUGAUAAAAAUGAUGAUUUUUUUGUUAGUGAUGGUUACUGCAAUUCACGUAUUGUUAAAUUCAACAAAAAAGGAGAAAGAAUAUUACACUUUGGAGUAUCAUUAAAGCCAGGAUUUCAUUCGAAAAUUCCAGUUUAUGCAUUUUAUGUUCCUCAUGCACUUGCUAUUGCUACUGAGCUUGGUUAUUUAUUUGUUGCCGAUCGAGAAAAUGGAAGAGUACUGUCUUAUCAUACAAGAAAUGGAACAUUUCAUCAAUUAUACGAAUAUCCAAAUAUCAAAAGUAAAAUAUUUAGCAUUGCUUAUGCUAAUGAACAAUUAUUUCUUGUUAAUGGAAGAAAUCCAUUGGAUGAUUAUCAUGUACAUGGUUUUAUUAUUGACGUUAACAAUGGAAAUAUUUUAUCACAAUUUGGUCCAGGUCAAGACAUGCUUGCUCCUCAUGAUAUUGCUGUUAAUCAAGAUGGCACAGAAAUUUAUGUUGUUGAAUUAAAUAUACAAAAAGCUUAUCGUUUUAUACAAGCCAAGAAAAUUACUACGAGUGUUAGUAAUGCAAAGUCUGAUACACUCGAUGAUGACACGAUGAAAAAUGUUAAUUCAACAAAAAAAGUAUUAUUUUUUGUUGCUGGUACUGUUGUACUUGUUGGUUUUUGUUUAGCAGCUGCUGCUGUUAUGUCUAAAUGCCGUAAACGAGGAUGUUUGCUUGUACGACGUAAAGCAUAUUGGGAAAAUGAAAAGAAGGAUAAUUUUAAACUUUCAAGUUUAUUGGAACCUCGACAAGGUAAAGGUUUACGAAUAUUUGGUAAUCGUCCGAAUAAACGUGAUUUUAGUAAAUUAAAUACUGAGCCAGAAAGUUCAGAGGAUGAUCUUGUUGAUGACAGUAUUACAAUAUGAUUUUUAUGGUUCAUUGUAAAACCCAUAUCAUAAAUUAUAUUUUUUAUCGAAAUAUUUAUUGACGAAUGUUGAUGUUCUUUUAUCAACAUUUCGUAAAUUAUUAUUAUUUUUUUUUCUUCUUAAUUUAUGCUAGAGAUUUAGUAGAAAAUUUGUCUAGAUAAAGAAAUUUUUAAUGAGACAUUUAUGAUAUGUGGUUUGAUGAUUUUUUUGUAAUUUUAUUUUAUUGAUAGAUUUUUUUUCUGGACAUGUAUACAGUUGCACAUAUCUAUUACCUGAAAUUUUAUUGACUUUAAAACAUUCCAAUAGAAUAAAAAUAAAUAUUUUUUGUCUGUAAUAUAUUAAAGAGAAAUAAGAACUAUCCUGAAAAAUUAUGAAAUGUUUUUUUUUUUUUUUUCGUUUUUUAUUGUACAAUUUAUUCAUGAUGAUGAAUGUAUAUUUUAAAUAAAUUUGUUGUUUGUAUUGAUGUAUAAAUAUUAUUAAGUGGACCAAAAAAAAAAAAAUAAUAAACAGAAAUAAUUUUCGCAUUGGAAAUACAAUA